CCGCCGGCCCCCUUCCUGCUGCUGGAGCCGCCCCGCACCCGCUCCCGGUCCCGCUCCGGCUUCCUCACCCUCGCCAUGAGCGGGGCCGCCGCGCACUUCCAGCCGCCGCCGCCCCUCCACGGGCCGAGCCUCCCGGAGCAAGGAGCCCGCAGCCAGGGCAGAGGCAGCCCCGCCGGCCACGGGCACCCCCGGGCCGCCCCCGCGCCAGGUAGUACUGGAGCUUCCUUCCAAUGCCAGUCAAUCCAUCAAGACCACAUUUGUAAUGAUGACAGUGACAAGAGUGAAGAUAGUCCGAGUCCUAAGAGACAACGCCUUUCUCAUUCAGUCUUUGACUAUACAGCAGCAUCACCAGCCCCAUCACCGCCAAUGCGACCAUGGGAGAUGACAUCAAAUAGGCAGCCUCCUUCAGCUCGACCCAACCAACAUCACUUCUCAGGGGAACGAUGCAACACACCUGCACGCAACAGGAGGAGUCCUCCUGUUAGACGCCAGAGAGCGAGAAGGGAUCGCCUGUCUCGACAUAAUUCCAUUAGUCAAGACGAAAACUAUCACCAUCUCCCCUACGGACAGCAACAAGCAAUAGAAGAGCCCCGAGCCUUCCACCCACCGAAUGUAUCCCCCCGUAUGUUGCACCCAGCCGCUCAUCCGCCACAGCAGAAUGCAGUGAUGGUCGACAUUCAUGAACAGAUCCACCAGGGCACAGUCCCUGUCUCAUACACAGUAACAACGGUGGCACCACAUGGGAUUCCGCUCUGCACAGGCCAGCACAUACCAGCUUGUAACACACAGCAGGUCCCAGGAUGUUCUGUGGUUUUCAGUGGACAGCACCUUCCCGUCUGCAGUGUGCCUCCUCCAAUGCUUCAGGCAUGCUCAGUCCAACACUUACCAGUACCAUACGCAGCAUUCCCACCCCUUAUUUCUAGUGAUCCAUUUCUUUUGCAUCCUCCUCACCUCUCUCCGCACCAUCCUCCUCACCUGCCACCGCCAGGCCAGUUCGUUCCCUUCCAAACACAACAGUCACGGUCGCCACUUCAAAGGAUAGAGAACGAAGUAGAACUUCUUGGAGAACACCUUCCGGUAGGAGGUUUUACCUACCCUCCCUCAGCCCAUCCACCAACAUUGACUCCCUCAGCACCUCUCCAGUUCUUAACGCACGACCCUUUACACCAGGAGGUGUCCUUUGGAGUACCUUAUCCACCUUUUAUGCCUCGAAGACUCACAGGGCGCAGUAGAUACCGAUCCCAGCAGCCAAUACCACCACCCCCUUAUCAUCCCAGCCUGUUACCAUAUGUGCUAUCAAUGCUUCCGGUGCCACCUGCAGUUGGACCAGCUUUCAGCUUCGAGUUGGAUGUGGAAGAUGGAGAGGUGGAAAACUAUGAGGCGCUGCUGAAUUUGGCAGAACGAUUGGGAGAAGCCAAACCACGAGGACUGACAAAAGCAGACAUUGAACAGCUUCCAUCUUACAGGUUCAAUCCAAACAACCACCAGUCAGAACAGACUUUGUGCGUAGUAUGCAUGUGUGAUUUUGAGUCAAGGCAGCUACUUAGAGUCUUACCUUGUAACCACGAGUUCCAUGCCAAGUGUGUCGAUAAAUGGCUUAAGGCUACAAAAGCCAACAGACUGAAAGUGCUGCCUCCUUUUGCAAUAACAUUAUUUUCUAGUAGUUGAUGAAGGGAGAUUAUGUGAAAUCUAUAUAAAAACUAGUGUCAUUAAAAAACUGACAUGAAGAGAAUUAUCUUGACCAACAAAUUUAGUUCAUUUUCAGUUGGACACAACCAUGCCUGUAUUAAUAUAAUUUUAUGAUAAAGUAGGAAAGCUCAAAGUAGAGUGGGAUUUGUGAGUGGUCUGAAUACUGCUUAUGUCUCUUGCUUAAGCAGGAAUUGAUAUUAAGUGAAAGUGAAACUACCAAAAAUCUUUCUAGCUCUUUAUAUAAAUGUAAAGUCUGGGGGCAGGGAGAAAAAUAUAUAACUGGUCAAAUUUCUCACAAAAUGAAGGCUUUACACAUGAAAUAAGAUGUAUAUCUUUCAAAACAAGUUAUUUUAAAAAAUGUGAAGAAUCUAAAAUCAGGACAACGCCAUAAGAUCAGAGAUUAGGACAACGCCAUACAGAAGGUGAAAAGUGCAGGGUACAAUUACUUAGGUAGAAGAUGAUAUACAGAGACAGAUCUCUGCAAGCUGCAUUAUCCAGACCUACUGCCAGCAAGGCAAAUCGUACCUGCCCAAUUUGUAGAGCUGAUGCUUCAGAAGUGCAUCGUGAUUCAGAAUGACCAAUCUAAGAGCACAAUUCUAGUUUGGGUGUUCCUAGUCACAUGUAUAGACGAACUAUCCAUUGAACUUACCCGUGUGGCUGCCAGCCUUCCCUUUACACAAAAGGGUCAAUGGACCUUUUUUGCACUGUGUGAUUUAAUCAAUUAUAAAGCUUAUAAUUAGUCUUCACAAUUAUGGGAUUGUUAUACUAACCGUGUGAUUGGAACUCCAAAGAUUUUAUUUUCUUUAGCUUAAUUUUGUGUGUGCACUAACAUUCCCUGGUUUUUGUGUGAUCAUUCCGAGUGUUGCUGCGAGAUUACAGUGGACGUGAUCUUUUAGCAUGUGCUUUUAUAAAAAGUGGUAGCUCCAAACAAUAUAGCAAUCUACCUUAUAUAGAGCCUUCAGAUACUGUGAGUGGGAACGAAUGGUAUGGGCGGGAGUAUGUAUGUGCACACGAGAGUUUGUGUGGGGUGUGCUAGCAAGUGUGUGUGCGUAUGUCUGAGAACCUAUAUACCAGCAUGUACUGAGAACGUAUGUGAGUAGUAUUAAUUAUGCUGCAAUGUAUAAUCUUGUGUGUUAUUUAAACAGUACUAGUACUGUACACUGGUUUCUUUCCUUGUGUUUGCAGUUGCACACUGAAUGCUAAGGGUGCAGCAAUUAUAGGCAUUUAAUAUUUCCUCCCCAAUGUACUUAAUGGUAUAAAAAGACCUUUUAACUUUUAUUCAGACAACUGUUAUUGCUUCCCCUUCACUGGCGGUUGUAAGUGUACCACUAAAGAGUGCAGUGAUUGCGCAAUACAUGAUUAAUCUUGUUUUUAGCUCAUGUCAUAAAAUCCAGAUUUUACAUUGGCUGAUUUACUGCUAAUUUAUCAAUAGUUGCAGUAUCGCACAAAAUCAGUUAGCAACAUUAACAUUGUCAGUUGAUCGUUUGAAUGUUGAUGCUUUUCCGUUUUCCUUUUUAAUUCCUCUAGCCAGUUUGAAUUAUGUUCAGUUGAUUUCAGAACAGAGAUCAGUUCUGAAGAUGCUGAAGUAACAUAUUCCUCCCCAUACACAGAAGCUGAAAGGACAUUCAGAGUCUUGUGCAACAGCUCCUCACAUUGUUGGCCAUUGUACUUGCUAAGUACAUAAUCAUUUAGCUUAUAAACUUUGGCUUUAACUCAUUUAUGUUCUUUUUCAUGUAUAAGGGAGUUUGUGUAAGUGGAAGAGAGGCUACCUUUUUAGUCCUGCAACUUUAUGAACAAAAUAGAAUUCUUAGCAUUUUCUCAGAGUGGAAGAACUCCUAACUUUGUCCUUGUACCACAGUAAGUUUUUGUGGUCAUUCGCUGCCUGGUUCAGAUGGCAUAGGAUGCUGCUUCUACCCUUCCCUACUAGGUAGUGAGCUUUUGCAUGAAUAAAAAACUCCCUUGGUUUUUUGGUUAGUAGCCAGAAUAUUCACAUUAAGAGAAGUGUGUGUUAGUACACAAUCAGGAACAAAAAAUGCUGUGAAAAAGGAGUUAACCUCCAUUCAGCUGCCCUGCGAAUGUUAGAGCUGGAUUAUUGAAAAAUUGGCUUUGUUUAACAUUUCAGACUGUUAAAGGUUUUAAAAUUUGUUCUUCAGUCAAAUAUUUAGGUCUACUAUGUAUACCAUAGUUAUUGAAGAGAUGCACUGUUUUGCAUCACUGUGCUUUCUCCUAAGUGUAGUGUCAUUACUUUGGUUGCAAUAGCACAAGUGGCACAACUAGCAAUAUUGCUGGAACUUGCUGCCAGUCUCAGCUUUAAGUUUCUGUGUCAUUUCUGAUGCUUUUGUGUGCUGCUGUGCUUUAGUAUCAGUUAUAUUUUCAGACAGUGUUACAUGUUCUCCAUGCUGCUUGCCCUUUGAAGGCUCUACAGACCAAUCACAGCUUGUGGUUCAGUAAAACAAAAUGAAAGCACAAUUUUGCCCAUGUUUCAGAUGCUAUUGCCUCUGUUUAGUUACACAAGUAGAACAAAAAACUUGCUUGUCUGUCCAUGUCAGUACCUAACACUAAGUCUAUCAAAAUUAUUACAAAAUAUACAGUGUACAACAACUUUAAAAUGUUCAUUUUCCCCUGGAUGUGCUAAGGAAUGGAACUGUCACAACAUGUCACCAAACAAGUUAAAUCACAUAUAGUAAAAUUUAUUUUUUUAACGAAUGAAAUCAUGUGUUUAAAAAGAAGUGUAUGCCACACAUCUUAUAAUACUUAGGGUCUUUUAUAUAGCUGCAAAAAAUUUCUACCUGUACAGAUCUAACCAUAACAAACACUACUACACUCAGUAUUCACUUUGUUGACGCAUGGAAAUAAGGCACUUUUCUAAGUUAGAUAGAAAUGCAUAAUUAACAAGGCAUAUUUUACUAAUAUUGAGGUAGAGUAGUCCUCUUUCCUGAACUGGAGAAAUCUUGAUAUGUAAUGGCCCUCUUUCCCAGUAAAGUUCUGUGACGCAGGUGGAGAUUUAGGAGGCAGUAGGAUUUCAUUUGGUAAAAUACUGAAUUUCAUUGUUGCACUCUUGUGGCUGAUCUCUUCUGGAAUGUUUCUUUCGUUUGCAUGGGACUCUUGCAGAUGUGUGCAGACUUGCUUCCUGUGGUUAGUGUGUAUAAAAAGCACACAUGCAUGUGUUCUGAACCAGCUCAGACUGGCGACAACAGACUUCAUUGUUGUGGCUGCCCUGUCAAAAGAGGAGGGGAAGGGGAUUCAUGCUCAGCCUUUACUGCCAUGUGUUAUGCACAUUUGUGUCUAAUUCCACAGCCUGCAGUGGUGCCUGGCAGCACCAGAAUCCAGUAAAAAGGUUUAUGUUGGUUGGCCCCUCCCCAUUUCCCACCUCCCUUCUAAAAACAACAAACUGUUGGCUUUACCAUGUUGGCACUGCUGUGUUUUUUGCAUGAAUUGUCAACUUAAUUUGAAUGUGUUCUGGUUUUGAAUGGAUACCAAGGCCUACAGAUCUCUCCAAGGUCUCAUUUUGUGGGUUUUCUUUACAGAAAGGUUUUUGUGCAAAGUAAUUUUUUUUGGUUGUAUACAGUUUUUGUAGUCUCUUGAAUGUGAUUUUCUCAGCUGUUAACAUUUACACUUUUUGUAAUACUUGGAAUGGUGGGAUCUACCAAUGUGUUGGUUUUUUUAAACUUACUGAAAAUGCAUUUUUGACUGAGUUAUCUUUAGGCCUUAAUAAAAGAGCUGUGUUUCCCCCCCCUUUGGUACAUUCAGUUACCUCAUUUUGCUAUUUGUGUUUCAGAUUUGCUAAUGAUUAUGAAAGCUUAUGGGUUUUGUUGGAAUCAUAUUUUGUUGAGUGUUUUCUUUAAAUCAUACUCUCUUGUAUCAGUUAACAUGUAGUUUUAAAUGUAUUAUAAAUAUCUGUAACCAAAUCAUUUGAAGGCUUGAUAAAUUUUUAACAAAAUUUGUACAUUUUUUAUGAGAGUUACUAGUAAUGCUUUACUAAGUAGUGCAAUGAAUUUUUAUUUUUAAUCCCUGUGCCCAAUUUUGGAGUUGAGAGAGUUGUUCAGUAAUAAAUGUAUGAUGUACACUUA